UGACCCGUCUCAUACUUUGUCGUCCAAUUUCAUUGUCCAUUUUCUACCUAUAUUUACUACUAUUUCACCAGAAAUGAAGUUGUUAUUCGUGUUAUUCGCACUAUUCGCUAUUGCACAAGCCGACUGGUGGGAUUCCUUCACUGACACAAUUGCCGGUGGUUUUAUGAGCGCUGCUAAAUGGGUGAAGGAAACUGCCAGCCCAGCGAUUAGGGAGAAAUUUGACAGUGCAAAAGCUUCCCUUCAAGAUCCAGAAACUCAUAAGACAAUACGGGAAUGGAUAUCUGAUAAGGCCGAAAAGGCAUCACAAUUUGCUAAUGAAGAGAGCGGACAGUCGAGAUUGAUGACUAGCACAUUGUCUUGCUCCAUAGCUGCGCACUUCUUAUGCUACAAUUAUUUUUGUACAAAAUCGCUCUAAUUAUGCAAAUUUGACCAGGAAGAAAGCGACUGGCCUGAAUAAAUAAGACGGGUUCGCCUCACACGACUCGAUAUCACGAUGUAAUCUUCAGUCAUUUUAUUCUCAGUGCAUGUUA